AGCCACCCUGGGCCGGGGGCGCGCGCUCCCGUGCGCGUCCGUGUCGGCGGCCCUGGCCCCGGCGCCCAGACUGAGCGAUGGGCGGCAGCUGGGACAGGCGCGUCGCGGGCCCCCUCCACCUGCUGCUGCUGGCGGCCGCGUUGUCGGCGCCGGCCCGGGGUACGAUCCCCUGGACCCAGGAGAAGAAUCAUCACCAGCCGGCCCAGCUGAGUUCCUCGUCUCUCCGGAAAGUCGUCCAGAGCACCAACCUCUCCACCAUGUGGAAGGAUGAGCUGACCCCACUGCUGAUUGAGCGUUAUCCUGGCUCUCCUGGAAGCUACGCGGCGCGCCUGCACAUCCUGAGCAGAAUUCAGAAGCUGACGGCUCCGUGGACCGUGGAGGUGGACACCUUCGUGAGCUGGACCCCCUUCGGGUACCGGUCUUUCUCGAACAUCAUCAGCACCCUCAACCCGUCCGCCAAGCGCCACCUGGUCCUUGCCUGCCACUAUGACUCCAAGUACAUGCCGCACUGGAACCGGGUGUUUGUGGGUGCCACCGACUCGGCCGUGUCCUGUGCCAUGAUCCUGGAGCUGGCUCGUGCCCUGGACACAAAGCUUGUCUCCUUGAAGGCCCAGGAUCUCUCCCUGAAGCUCAUCUUCUUUGACGGGGAGGAGGCGUUUCAGAGCUGGUCACCCAGCGACUCUCUCUACGGGUCCAGGCACCUGGCGAACAAGAUGGGGUCCACCCCGCACCCGCCUGGGUCCCAGGAAACCAACCAGCUGCAUGGCAUAGAUUUAUUUGUCCUGCUGGACCUGAUUGGAGCCCCCAACCCCACCUUCUCCAGCUUCUUCACCAGCACCGUCCGGUGGUUCCGCAGGCUGGAGACUAUCGAACGUCAACUGCACGAAUUAGGUUUGCUCAAGAACCACUCCCUGGAGACCCCGUAUUUCCAGCACAACGGCCGGGAAAGGGGCGUUCAGGAUGACCACAUUCCGUUUCUGCGAAGAGGUGUCCCGAUUUUGCUCCUGAUCACAUUUCCCUUCCCUGACGUCUGGCACACCAUGGAUGACGAUGAAGAGCACCUGCACAGAGACACCAUCGACAACCUCAGCAAGAUCAUGGCCGUCUUCGUGUCCGAGUACUUGCACCUCAACUUCUGACGCGGCGGAUGGCAGGUCAGGGAACCAGACCCCAGACAGACCCGUUCUGUCGGUAUCUUCGAAUAUCUGAUCAAUAAAUCCUAGAUUUGC